UCCCGAAUAGGAAAGUUUGGUUCAAGCUAAUCAUGCCAGUACGGCACAUUAGGCUGCACAGGGACGGAUGGUGAUAAGCCUACAUAUUCCAACAACGAUUGGCCUGGGCGAGACGUCUAUCGAAGGUCCUUGCAGGUUGAAGGUCGCUGUGGUAAUAAAGUAUCGUCACCAGGUGUACUCAUUUGCCUGACUCAUCUCAACUCAGAAACCCCAGUGCAUUGUCGACCUGCAGACAGAUUUCCGACCUAGCGGCUCAUCAUCUUGUCCAUAUCAACAUGGCCCAGCAGGGUGUAGAGAGACUGCCGGCAGAUACACCACUCGAGCAGAUCCUCUCCGUUCUCGAUCGAGAUGGCGGCCUUGUCAUAACAAAGGUCAUCAGCCAGGAGACGAUUGAUAAGAUUGCCGAAGAACUGAAACCGCAUGAACAACCAGACCAGGUGUGGAAGGGCAACUUCUUCCCGGAGGCAACAAAAAGGAUCUGUGGCUCUGUGGGGAAAUCGCAGACCUAUGCAAAAGAGUUCUUCCUCAAUCCGCUUUACCAGGAAAUCUGCAACCGCCUGUUGACUCUGACAAAGAAGUCAAGAUGUGGCGAUGGCUAUCGUACACUCGUCUGCAAGCCGAUCGGCAAUGCCAGCACGUCGUUCGACAUUGGUCCCGGAGCGGAGGCGCAACAACUACACCGUGACGAUGGAGUUCAUCACAUCACCCAUCCGACAAAGCCAACCCAGAUCAACAUGCUUUGCGCCUGGACUCGCACCACUGCUGAAAACGGAGCAACCGUGGUCGUCCCUGGUAGUCACAAAUGGGCUGAUCAAAAAGAAAACCAACCUCCACCAGAGAAAGCAGUUCCAGUCUGCCUUGAGCCCGGAGAUGCUCUCAUUUUCGAUGGUGCCAUCUUCCACGGUGGAGGCGCCAAUGUGACGCAGUCUGAACGCCGCAAAGUCUUUGGAGCUUUUAUGACUCAAGGAAACCAUCGGUCAGAGGAGAAUAUCUUUCUGCAACUCCCGCCGGAGGUAGCCAAGGACUACCCGAUCGAGGUGCUUGAGGUGUACGGAUACAAAGCCACGGGAUCAGGACUGGGCUGGGUUGAUUAUAGUGAACCCCUUGAUGCAGUGCUUGGACGUGGGGUGUCAGGCCCUGGCAGUCUCGAUUUCUUCCAAGUUGGGGUUACCGCAUGAUUCGAUUGAUCAUUGAUGUGA